AUGGAAUCGAAUGUUAAUGUUUCUGAAUCAAAAAUGGAUAGCAAAAAGUUUGAUUUUCCCCCGGGUUUUCGAUUCCACCCGACCGACGUAGAGCUCAUAAAUCAUUAUCUUGUCAAGAAGGUUCAUGACAAUAGCUUCUCUGCUAUAGCUAUUGCUGAAGUCGAUAUGAAUAAGUGCGAACCAUGGGAUUUGCCAGAAUUGGCAAAAAUGGGAGAAACGGAGUGGUACUAUUUCUGUGUGAGGGACAAAAAAUAUUCGACUGGUCAAAGAACAAAUAGAGCCACUACUGCUGGUUAUUGGAAGGCCACAGGAAGAGAUAAAGAGAUUUUUGACAAAAAUUUAUUGAUUGGAAUGAAGAAAGCAUUGGUUUUCUAUGAAGGAAGAGCUCCAAGUGGUGUAAAAACUAGUUGGAUCAUGCAUGAAUAUAGAUUGGAGGGUAACACACUUUCUAAGGAUAUUUUAUCAGAGAGAGGAACGGGUGAAUGGGUUAUCAGUAGAAUCUAUAAGAAGGAAAGUUCUGAAAAGAAAAUGUGUGGUCCAAAACAUGGAAAGUUUAACUCCUCUAUAGAAGAACCAUCAAAUACUAAUGAAUCUAAUUUGAUGGAUUCGUCUCCAUACACUAAUGGUGAGUUCUCUUAUGUGAUCAACUCAUUCACCAUUCCAAAUCAAACACAGGACAACAAUAUUGUUGGCAACAAUGAAGCUAGUAUCAUGAACAUUUCAACCUCUUCAAAACAAAUUGGAGAUUACCCUUUUGUUGAAGAAACACAAAACCAUUUCGUGUCUCAAGAACAAUCUAUGAUGAGCAUGCAACUGGAGAAUGAAAAUUAUGGAUCAAGUUCAAAGCAAAGUCUUCAACAUGAGUUUUCUUUUGGGAGAGAUCUUGAUGCUGAUAUCUCAUCAGUUGUAUAUGGAGAUGACAUGUUUUCAACAUGGUAUGGAAAUCAAGAAUUGCUACCUGAUUUUCCUGCUCCUGCUCCUGUGGUCAAUGAUAGCUUGUGGAAUUACUAA